CAGGCUGAUGACGCCAUCGGGUCGCGCCACGAGAAGGUCACACGGGAUCUUCCAGCAUGGCGGCGGCGGCGCUGCGGGGAGGCUGGUGCCGCUGCCCGCGGAGAUGCCUCAGCAGCGCGGUUCAUGUCCUGUCCAGCCACAACCUAGUGCCACUGCCCCAUGGCACCUAUCAGAUGCCCCAGCCGAGUGGCAAGCUGACCCUGUGCAAAUCCUAUUCUUCUGGAAACAGGAAAGGCUUUCUCUCCGGCUUGCUAGAUAAUAUCAAACAAGAAUUAGCCAAAAACAAAGAAAUGAAAGAAAGUAUAAAAAAGUUCCGAGACGAGGCCAGGAAGCUGGAAGAGUCAGAUGCGCUCCAGGAAGCCAGAAGGAAAUACAGAACCAUUGAAUCGGAAACCAUGAGGACGAGCGAGGUGAUCAGGAAGAAGCUGGGGGAGAUCUCGGGCACCGUGAAGGAGAGUCUUGACGAAGUCAGUAAAAGUGACCUUGGCCGGAAAAUCAAGGAGGGUGUGGAAGAAGCAGCCAAGACCGCCAAGCAGUCGGCUGAGUCGGUGUCCAAAGGUGGGGAGAAGCUUGGCAGGACCGCCGCCUUCAAAGCCCUCUCCCAGGGAGUGGAGUCUGUCAAGAAGGAGAUCGACGAGAGUGUCCUGGGGCAGACCGGGCCCUACCGGCGGCCCGAGCGACUCAGGAAGAGGAAAGAGUUCGCUGGAGAGAAAUUCAAGGAGGAGAAAGUGUUUGAGGCCAACGAGGAGGCCCUGGGGGUCGUGCUGCACAAGGACUCCAAGUGGUAUCAGCAGUGGAAGGACUUCAGGGACAACAACGUGGUGUUUAACCGGUUCUUCGAGAUGAAGAUGAAGUACGACGAAAGCGACAACGCCUUCAUCCGGGCGUCCCGCGUGCUGACAGACAAGGUCACAGACUUGCUGGGGGGCCUGUUCUCGAAGACGGAGAUGUCGGAGGUGCUCACGGAGAUCCUGCGGGUGGACCCCGCCUUCGACAAAGACCGCUUCCUGCAGCAGUGUGAGAACGACAUCAUCCCCAACGUGCUGGAGGCCAUGAUUUCUGGAGAGCUCGACAUUCUCAAAGACUGGUGCUAUGAAGCUGAUCCUCAAACACAGACCCAAACAGACAUUGAUAGAUUCCCGCCCCGGGGAAGAGCUGCACGUCCUGAUGAGGCCCGGCUGCUCCCUGGAGUCGGGGCUCUGGGUCCCGGGCCACGGGCAGCGCUGGGCUGCGUGGCGGCAGACCUACAGCCAGCUAGCUCACCCGAUCCAGCAGGCCAAGGCGCUGGGCCUCCAGUUCCACUCCCGCAUCCUGGACAUCGACAACAUCGACCUGGCCAUGGGCAAGAUGAUGGAGCAGGGCCCUGUGCUGAUCAUCACCUUCCAGGCCCAGAUGGUGAUGGUGAUCAAGAACCCCAAAGGCGAGGUGGUGGAGGGCGACCCGGACAAGGUACUGCGAAUGCUGUACGUGUGGGCGCUCUGCCGAGACCAGGACGAGCUCAACCCCUAUGUGGCCUGGCGGCUCUUGGACAUCUCCGCCUCCAGCACAGAGCAGGUCCUCUGAGCGCGGCGGCCACUGCUGGGGCCUCCGGGGCUGGAUCAUCACUGCAGACACGCAGGGGACUGGCGUCCACCUGCAGCAACUAGACCUCUGGGGACAGGACUGUCAGCUCUGCCCUGGCUCUGCCAAGACAUCUGCAAAGCUAGCGGGGUGGGGCAGGGCAGGGAGGGGGCUGCACCACCCCUCUGCCCCAGGGAGGCUGCUGGCCGGAGAGCCACAGGCACACAGGCCAGACAGUGCCCAGAGGCCCCCAGCCCAGGGACGCCCUCCCAGGACAGGGUGGUGGCACCUGGGCCCACUGGCCACAUCAGCCAAGCCGUUUUAGCUCCUUGUUUUUUUUUUUAAAAAAAAAACACAGCGCCCUUAUGAUCCUGUACCUACGCAGAGAUUUGGAAAUAAUAAAACACCAAAGUGAAGGAGAGCAA